UCCCCGCGGCGGGCGGGGCGCAGGAGCGCGGCGGCCUCGCGGGGCGGAGCGCGGGCGCCGGGAGGGGCCGGGCUGGGCGCGGCGGCCGAGCAGGGCUCUCCUGCCGCCCGGGACGCGCCGCCGGCGCCGCCGCCGCUCUGGAAGAGGCAGGCCCCAGCGCCCUGCGCUCGCCAUGGCCACCUAGGCGGCGACGUGAGCGGCUUGGCGACCCAGCGCCGGGGCCGGGCCGCGCCCAGAGCGCCGCCGAGCCCGCGGCGCCCAGAGCCCCGGGCCAUGCGGCCGCCGCCUCUGUUACUGCUGCUGCUGCUCAGUGGCUGCGACGCAGCGGCGCCCCCGGCAGACACCCUCUUCCAGCUGCCUGCUCCUCGAAACCUGAAGGUUCACCUGUACAACGCCCAGCAGGCUCUGAGCUGGGAGCCCAUGUCCCUGAACAACGACACAAGGCCGGUGGUCUACCAGGUGCAGUAUAAAUACAGCACUAGUAGUACCUGGUAUGACGUCAACAAAAAAGACAGCAGGGUGGACUGUACGAACCUCACCAGGACAGAGUGUAACUUUACCGCAAACAGCCUCUUGGAGGGUUUCCCACGGCAUUUCAACAUCUCUUUACGCGUCCGAGCUAAGCUGGGGGACCUCGUCUCUGCCUGGGUAAAGGCGCCUUGGUUCGAACACUAUCGGAAUGCCACCAUCGGGCCUCCAGAAGACAUCUGGGUGACCCCAGAAGACGGCUCCCUUAUCAUCAGGUUUUCUUCUCCCUUUGAUGUCCCUGCCUCCGUGGCCUUUUUUUUGUAUUAUGUCUACUACUGGGAAAAGGCAGGAAUCAAACAGGUGACACGCCCUUUCAGGAGCAACUUCAUCACGUUGAAUGAUUUAAAACCCUUAAGAGUAUACUGUUUCCAAGUCAAGGCAGAACUGUUUUUGGCAAAAGAAAACAUCUCUAGACCUGGGCAUUUAAGCAACAUAUCUUGCUCCGAAACAACAGUGGAUGCCUCUACCAAGCUUCAACAAGUCAUCCUGAUCUCUAUGGGAACCUUCUUGUUGCUGUCAGUGGUGGUAGGGGCCUGUCUCUUCCUGGUCCUGAAAUACAGAGGCCUGGUUAAAUACUGGUUUCACUCUCCACCAAGCAUCCCAUCACAAAUAGAAGAGUGCCUAGGUGUCUUCAUGAAAAUUCACUGUAUUCCCAGAAGGCUGUCAGUCACAUGCCAAGAAAUACGAUCACAAGACCACAGAAACUGUCGAACAUCUUUCAAAACCAAGAGUGUCCAGGGGCUUCCCUGGUGGCGCAGUGGUUGAGAAUCUGCCUGCCAACGCAGGGGACACGGGUUCGAGCCCUGGUCUGGGAAGAUCCCACAUGCCGCGGAGCAACUAGGCCCGUGAGCCACAACUACUGAGCCUGCGCGUCUGGAGCCUGUGCUCCGCAAUAAGAGAGGCCGCGAUAGUGAGAGGCCCGCGCACCGCGAUGAAGAGUGGCCCCCGCUUGCCGCAACUAGAGAAAGCCCUCGCACAGAAACAAAGACCCAACACAGCCAAAAAUAAAUAAUAAGUAAAUAAUAAAUAAAUUAAAAAAAAAAAAGAGUGUCCAGGCCACAGUGCAAUAAGAGGGAACCCAGGCAGGGCACAGUGGUCUCCCUGAGUUGAGGAAACAGAGUUGAGAGUUCAGGGAGGCCAAGCGGCUGGAGUGUGCAAGGCGGGGUACAGACAGCUAGAGAGGGGGAGCCCAGGAAAUCGGUAGGGGGUUCCCCUUGAGGCUUCUGCCAAGUGCUGACAGCAGAUGCAUGUGAGGAAACUACCCAAGAAAAGGGCAGGAAUCACUGGAAAGAACAAUUCCCAAAGCUCCCACAGGGCUGGGAAGACUUCAGAAUCUCACAGCAGAGUGGAAAACCUCAGACUACAUGGAGAAUCAGGAAGAAUACUUAAAAGUGUACUGCCUUAGUAAGGGGGACAUAUUAAUCCCAGACUAAAGCUGCUUUGGUCCUGCCUAACGGAGCUUAAAAGCAAGAUUCGAAAGGACUGAACUGUUUCCAAGUGACUGAGCUGCAUCCAGAACAAAGUUCAAAAGCAUUUAGAGGAAUACCAAAAAGUCCAGCCCCCAAUCAGCUUCAUGCAAAGAAGCAAACAGGGGAAAAGGGAUCCAGAAUGAAAAAAAUAAAUAGAAAUAAUCAAUAGGAACAGACUAAGAAUUGACACAAUUAGACAAGGACACUGAAAUAGUUAUAAACAUACUUCACAUGUUCAAGAAGGCAGAGGAAAGCAUAAGUAUGUUAGAGAGAGAUGUGGAAAUUGUUAAAAAAAAAUCAAGCUAAUAGAGAUGAAAACUACAAUGUCUAAGAUGAAAAACAUACUGGAUGGGAGUAAUAGCAGAUUAGACAUGACAGAGGUAGAGAUUAGUGAACUUAAAGAUAUAACAACCUUUAACUAUCCCAAAUGAAAUACAGAGAGAAAACAAGAAAAGAGAAUACUUGAUGGAGCGAUGGGGUAAGAGUAGGGGUGGAGAGGUAGGGCAAAAAAAAGCAUGAAAAGAACUAAGCACCAGUGAGCUCUGGGAUGACUUCCCACAGCCUAAUAUACAUGUAAUUGGAAGCCAGAAGGGCAGGGUGGACAGAAAAAAUUAUUUGAAGAAAUAAUGUCUGAAAAGAUUCCCAAUUUGAUGAAAACUAUAAAUCCACAGAUCCAAGAAACUCAAUGAACCCCAAACAGAAGAAAUAUGAAGAAAACUACACCACAGCACAUCAUAAUCAAAUUGCUUAAAAUCAAUGACAAAAACAAACUUCUUCAAGGCUUAGAUUUUAAUGCUUUUGUGAGAGGGGUAUGGGGUAAGGGAUGUAAUUUUAUAAAUGAUGCCUAAAAUACCUAUCUUUACACUAAAAGACAUUUCAUUCUGAAAAGCAAAGGCUACAGGGCUUCAUUUUGGAAACUUUUUAGAAGAUUGCCCCUAAAAAAUACUUUUGAUAUUCUUUUAUUUUUAUACUUACUUUAAGUUAUCUUAAAAACUUAAUACAAAAUCCAAUUCACCAACCAGGUUUUGUAUACGAUAUGCAUAGUAUGUAUUAAUUCUAAUUUCUUUUUUUCUUAUUUUAUUAAAGGUACAUGAUAUGGUUUCUUAACAAAACACAGGCUAUGGAAGCAGCAGUCUGGGUUCAAAUUCCCAUUCUGCAUUUGCUAGUUAAGCGGCCUUAAGUAAGCUCUGAGUCUUAUUUCCUCAUCUAUAAAAUGGGAGCGCCACUUGUUUUACAUACUUAAGAUAAUUAAGUGGGAAUUUAGAAGGUAACAUAUAUAAAGCAUCUAGCUGAGGUCUUGGCACAUAGCAGGGCCCCUAAUUAAAUGGCUUGUGUACACUUUUAUGCAAUAGUAGAAUUUUCACCUUUUAAAAGAAGUUCUAUACACUGUAACUAAUCCAAGAGAUUUAUACAUAUUCCAGUGCCUAUGCUGCUCUUAUAAUAAAGAUGAUGUUUCUGUAAAUGUUAUAGGUGUAUAGUUAAAAAAUUAGGCAACUUACCUAAAAAAUAUAAGGGCAUUUUGAAAAAACACAGCUAGUCCUGGAUAAACAUCAGUAUCUGCACACACAAAGUAAAACAGAUCAGAUAAUUACAAAAGGCAAAUGGCCGUAACAAAGUACUCAUGCCACUCAUAAUGACAUGCUCUGUAUAUUAUAAAACACUACUAUUAUUCAUUAACUCUAAAAAAUCCACAAUGAAAUUGAAGUAAGAAAAUGAUAAUCUCCUUCUCCCAAAACAAAGGAUUACUCUCACUCUGGAUAAAAGACAAUGAAAUUAUUAGGUUUUCUUUCUGUCUAAAGCAGUUGCUAUGGUUCUAGCUGUAUCGGAACUGCCAAGGAAGCAGCAGCUUAUCCCUUCACUUCCUAUGGCCAAUACAGAAACACACAAUGUUAGAAAGAUACAAAUUAAAUUGUUGAUGAUGUAA